GUAGGCUACCGGAGGCGAGUUGCCUCGACUUCCGUCCAACGUUUUUGGAGUUUAACUUUAAACACCUUUUCAGUGUACAUAGGAUAAGAUUUUUCCAAAACGUCCUACUUUGAAUAAACGAAUCGGAGGCUAAAUGACGGACAAUCAGCUACACAUUUCUGAGUGGAUUGACUUUACGAGUGUUGUUUUGUUUUCGUGCGUCUUUUUGCUUUUCUAUGAUUAUGUAAGAAAUAAAACACCGAAGAACUUUCCUCCUGGACCACGGUCUCUGCCGUUUAUCGGCGACAUUCAUCAUAUCGACUUACAGAAGACGCACAUUGAGUUAACACGGUUUGCAGAAAAAUAUGGACGUGUUUUCAGUACUCGAAUUUUUGGAGAGAGGUUUGUUAUCGUGAAUGGAUAUAAACUAGUUAAAAAGGUGUACCUGGACAGACACGUCUUUGCUGAUCGCUCACCUUUGCCUUUGUUUCACGAUUUUUUCGGUGAAAGUAAAGGAGUUGUUUCUUCCAAUGGAUAUGCCUGGAAGCAGCAGAGGCGGUUUGCUCUGUCCACCCUGCGGAAUUUUGGACUGGGAAAGAAAAGCCUGGAGCCUUCUAUCCAUGUGGAAUGCCGCUUCCUGAAUGAUGCCAUAUCAAAUGAGCAAGGGAGACCAUUUAACCCUCAAUGGCUGAUUAAUAAUGCCGUCUCCAAUGUGAUCUGUGUCCUGGUGUUUGGUGAUCGGUUUGAGUACAGCGAUAGUGAGUUCCAAACCCUGCUGAAAGCUCUUAAUGAGGUUGUUUACCUGGAGGCCAGCAUCUGGGCUCAGAUGUAUAACAUGCUCCCUUGGAUCAUGUGCCGAGUUCCUGGUCCUCACCAAAAAAUCUUCCUCUUCUGGAAAAAGAUCAUUGACUUUGUCCGUUCCAAAAUAUCUGAGCACAGAGUGAACUAUGACCCCUCAAACCCACGAGACUAUAUAGACUGCUUCCUCACUGAGAUGGAAAAGUGGAAAGAUGAUGAAGCUGCAGGGUUUGAUAUGGAAAACCUGUGCUCCUGCACACUGGACCUUUUUACUGCUGGAACUGAGACCACCUCCACUACCAUGUACUGGGGACUGUUGUACAUGAUCAAAUACCCUGAGAUUCAGGCCAAAAUCCAGGCAGAGAUUGACAAGGUGGUGGGGUCUUCAUGCCAACCAUCUAUGUUAGACAAAGAGAACCUUCCAUACACCAAUGCUGUUAUUCACGAGAUUCAAAGGAUGGCAAACAUAAUUCCGCUUAACUUGCCCCGGGCUGCCAAAGAAGACACUCAGAUAGAAGAAUACUUUAUCCCAAAGGGCACAACAGUGCUUGGCAACCUGACAUCGGUUCUGUUUGAUGAGUCAGAGUGGGAGACACCGCAGACCUUUAAUCCAGGUCACUUCCUGGAUGAUAAUGGAAACUUUAGGAAGAGAGAGGCCUUCAUGCCAUUUUCUGCAGGAAAGAGGGUUUGUCUGGGGGAGCAACUGGCUCGUAUGGAGCUCUUCCUGUUCUUCGCGACUCUACUUCAGCACUUCAGCUUUUCACCACCAGAGGGCAUCGAGCCAAGUCUGGAGUACAGAUUAGUGGUCACACUCAUCCCUCAGCCGUACCAGCUCUGUGCUGUCCCACGCUGAGAUGUUGUACCCAAGAAAGUACAUAUCCACAUUCUUUUAUAUUUGUUAUAUAUGUUUGCACAGGGCUUCUCUGUUCUUUCAGUACAUUGAGGCCUGGGUGUCUGCAGGCACCUAUGUUCCCUGCUCUUUAUAGCUGAGUCACCAACUUAUGAUAGUUAAGAGUGUGCAGCAUAUUUGACCCUUAUAAAUGCGCCUGAGCAGCGAGACAAAUACGCUGGCGAGGGGGCUGUUACACUUUUAUUCUGUCAUUGCAAAUUUAUGAUACAAACUGUAGGCAAGGCAAGGCAAGUUUAUUUGUAUAGUCAUUUUCAUAAUAAGCAGCACUUAAAUAUGAUUUACAAUUACAGUCCCAAAAAGUAUUUUAACAUUUAUCUGAUCAAGGUAUUUUACUCUGCUGUCAUUAUUUCACAUCCAAGUGAAUAAAUAACUAAAAUGCAUAAUUAGCCUUUGCUCUCUCAAAUCCAAUUUUUAAAAAUCUCUGCUUGUAAAUAAACAACUUCUCAUACUUUCAGAUUACCUAAUGAAUGGACAAUUUCCAAAUUUGUCUCUUGAUAACAUCACCAGCACUCAGACAAAACAGUGGU